CCAUGGCCCAAACUUCUCAGCCCCAACUUCCUAACAAAAUUCAGAACAAUACUAGAAAUUCUCAGCCCAAAUUCUCACUCUCUCUCUGCCCUUCUCUUUCUCAUUCUGCCUCGCAUCUCGCUCGCCGCCCCUGCCGGCGUCUCCGUCCGGCCUUCACAGCAGCAGGGGCCAGCACGUACUUUUGACAAAGAACGACGAUGAACUCAGAAAAUGAAGAUGCCCCGCCGAAGAAGCGACUAUCGUGCACCAAGUAUUUUGAUGCGCUGUAUUUUUGCUAUUCCCCUUUUUAUCAGUUGCAACAAUAUUACCGGAUUGGUAAUCUUGACACUUGUACUGCAAAAUGGGGUGCUCUCUAUGAUUGCUUGUGUCUCAAGACCAAAAGAGCUUCUGAAGUUGAGAGGAUAUUAGAAGAACGCGAGAAAGCCCGGCCUCAUAUAUGGACUUUUCGGACCCGAAAAGAAGCGGAACGCUUUUGGAACAAGCACUACGGGCAUCUGUAUGACAAGCCAUAGAAGUUUCUGCUCGUUUGGAAUCUUGCUUCUUCUAAUUCUUAUAUGCCAAUAAGUUAUUGGUCAAAUAUUCGGAUAAAAACCAGAUCCUGUUCUCAUCAGAUGAGGGACCAGGAGGAGUUAUAUUUAUUUGAUAUGAUUCAUUUCAAUAUUUUCACAUUUGAAGAGGUUUUUGAAACUUGAGAAUAUGAGCGAAGCACCACUGUUUGGUAUAUUAUCUAGUUAUUAUUUUAAAAA